AACAAUGUCCAGCACUCCCGUUCCCAAUGGCCCCUCUGCCUCUGGCUCCAGGUCGCGUCCCCAGGCAAGGAAAAAGCAGCACGACGAUGCACCAUACUUUGCCCCUCCCGUGAGCGCAAGUUCUAAGAGGCAGGCACCCGACAGAGUAGAUGGAGAGCCACGGGUGAAAAGAAAAAGAGUUGACACGAGUAAUACAGCGGGAGGUUCAUCCGCGGGGGCAAGAAAAGGAGACAAGGGCGCAGAUACAGAUUCGAAGUCGUCUCUGAUCGAUUUCACGAGCUUGUCCUCUGCUGCACUGUACCGGUAUCUCACCCAUUUUGACAUUAUUCCCAUGGUAUAUCCAUCGCCAUUAACCGCCGAGGAUCCACCACCUCCGUCUUCUUUACAAGAUCCCUCGCGGCAUGGAUCACGAGGACCCAGCCCAUUCACAAUCAUAACUCCGGCCAACAGACCAAAACGAGAUCCAAAGGAACAGAGCCGCCGUCGUAGUUCAAGGUUGCUGGAGGAUGAUAUCACGUCUCGUGCACCCAUUCUGGCAGAUGUGGACGAAGUUCAUGCGGUAUUGGCAGGCCUGGCAGAGAGGCAUUUCCGGGACCAUAUCGUAAACGAGAUUGAUACGCUUGCGUCGUUUAUGGUGAAAACCAAAUGCGAAUAAGAGAAAAAAAGUUCGGAUGCGGUAUGUGUCUCGUGUGCCUGUUGAGUUUCACUGACUUGAGACUUUCGUUGCUCAGAUACCAGCAGGUUUUUUUUUGGGUUUUUUUUUCCUUUAU